AUGGAGGAGCACGGUGUUGAGUUGCUGCAAAGUCUGGGAGACUUCACGGUCAAAGAGAACUGGGACAAAUUCUUCACUCUCCGUGGGGGGGAAGACGCCUUCGAGUGGUACGCCGAGUGGUCAUGCCUCAGAGGCCCCCUCCUCUCCCAGAUGCCCUCGGCUCGCCGCCCCUCAGACGAAGGCGGAGGCGAAUGUGACGACCUUGCUGCGCAGACGCGUGAUACGCCCCCAGUUCAGAUUCUCGUUCCCGGCUGUGGUAGCUCGCGGAUGUCGGAGCACCUUUACGACGCCGGUUAUCGGGACAUCACCAACAUCGACUUUUCGAAGGUCAUAAUCUCCGACAUGCUCCGCCGGAACGUCCGGGUUCGGCCGGAAAUGAAGUGGCGGACCAUGGACAUGACAGAGAUGCAGGUCCGUUGAACUAAACCCCCAGUUCCCUCAUCCAUAUGAUAUCUCAUGGAUUGUUUUAUGACGGAGCCAUCGAGGAGUGCAGGCUGGUGCAGCGAGAGAGUUUUUCUCCGUCGUUACAACCCAUGCCAUGAUUGGCCCGUAUUCCUUCUCUCCAAUACCAUUCGAUGGGCUCGCCUUUCCUUCACACAGCGCAGUAAUAGCCAUACACAAGUGAAGAAUCGUUAUCUAAGAUAGGUUGAAAAUAGAUGAACUUGCGUGCAUUUCGUCUGGCUUUACAUUUUGAUUGUUCAGAACAUAUAAUUUUGCCUGUGGGCCACUUGCCGUGCGUUUAUUGUUAAGACGACAUAAUCCAGAAGUCUGGCCGCAUUUGGAAUGACAUGUUAGAUUAGCCCCACAGCAAUCAUGAAUGUCCUUACGAAUGCUAAAAAAAAGUACGAGCUUAUUGAACUCAUUGCCAAUUAAUUUAUUCGAUGACCCAUUAGGUUAAUAUGUGGGAAUACUGGGGUUGGUGUGAACUUAGAUUUUCUCAUACUAACCUGAAAUUAUGAUUGUGCAGAAGAUGGCUGACGAGAUAAUAAAGAACCUUUGAUUCAGAGUGAACAGAGUGCAGCUGCUAAAAGUGGAAGCACCAUAUUUUUCAAUGAGAAUAUUUCUAUAGACAACUUUGGCCGUGAAAUAUAUGAAACAUGGCACCAUUAAAUAUCUAUGGGCAUUGAAACUCAAAAAAUGUAGCGAUUAUUCGAUAAAAGAAAAAAAUAAAUUCACCCAGAAGUUUAGACAAAUACCCAGUUGACGUUCGAAAUUCGGUAUUUCAUUAGAAUUCGCCAAACACCGUUUCCAUAAUUGGGCUUCUAAGUAAAAUAUGGAGGAAAGGCGUUAUUUUAGUCACUGUCUCUGACUUUUCAUCUAUUUGUGCUGGAAAACUUCAUUACUCACAAUGGCCACGUCGAACGCAAUAAUUUGUGUGAAAUCUCUUUAGUUCAGGGUGCUUAUGGAUGAAACGUGUAUAAAUAAAUAAGCAUCACGUCUAUUUCUGCAAAAUUUGUAAUUAUGAUUCCGUUUUUCAACACGAAAAAUCUAUAAAUUCUCCCAAAACUGCACACUUUAAGCAAAAUGAAUGUUUAAUGUUGAAUGCAUCGAAUUCUACCGAGAAUUUUCCUUUAGUUUCAACUUUAUCAUCUACUUUGCUAAAAUUUGAGUUAUAUACCUGAAAAUUAAUUACCUGAAACCCCUGAUUAGUGUUACACAGGUCGAAACUACGUUCAGGAAUUAUGUUUUGAAGGGGAUAAACUGGUUUGUGAACUCCUAACGAUGGGUGAACACUUCUGAUGGAAGUUCACUGUUGUAGAGCUGUAUUCUUGUUAUUUUUCUCUUUCUUCCAUCUUGAUUGAAUAAUAACGGCUGUUUCUAGAUGCUUUUGUCUCCAGAUGCUUUUAUUAUGUAUAUGUUUAUCCAUCAUGCUUGUAAACUAUGAUUCUUAUUUUCGAAUAAAUUGAUCUAACAUCAAUUUAGAGUCUCAUCAGUGUGUUUUGUUAAAAUUUCCUCAUGUACUCUUCAAUUGUUAAACUGUUACUGGCCAGCUUUUUGCGCUCCCAUCUUUCUGAUUUAUGGACUGAUCAGUUUGCAGAUGGAUUUUUUGAUGCUGUUAUUGAUAAAGGAGGUCUUGAUGCUCUCAUGGAGCCAAAACUUGGGGCAAAGUUGGGGUGCAAAUUUCUUAAAGAGGUUUGUUGAAUUUCUUCUUGGCCCUUGGUUGCGUGUUUCCAUUAAUUCUUGGUUGUAUAAUUUCCUUGGUUUCGCAUCCGUUUGGUAUAAGAAAUGUUGAGUAUGAAUUUCAUUUUGCCAGGUAAAGAGGGUUUUGAAACUUGGAGGGAAAUAUAUUUGUCUUACUCUGGCGGAAUUUCAUGUUCUGGGUAAGAAUCAUUUGAUUCGAGGAUAUUGUUCGAUGAUCCGGGCUCUUUGGUUGUGCUAUGUCAAAAGUUAUGUGUUGCACACCCGUCAAUAUAUUGGGGAUGUAUCAUUUUAUUUCAGCAAGUUUUGAGGCAUGUUUUGCUGUCAUCUAUUUAUUCUAUUCAACUUAUUUGCAUAAUUUUUCCCACGAACUACAUACUCCCUCUGCUCCUCUUGGUUAUAUGCAGAAUGAAAAUUUCAUUUGUUCAGUUUUAUUUUGUAGGUUUGCUUCUUUCUGAGUUCAGACAUGGAUGGAAAACAACAAUUCAUGUUAUACCCGAUAAACUCAAGAGAAAAUCUAGCUUCCAGACUUAUAUGGUUGUUGCUGUAAAGGAAGGCUCCAGUGAACCAAUCCCUAUUCUCUCAUCAUUUGAUCAUACUAAUGUAGAUAAUUCAACAGAUCAGGUAGAAAUUGUUUUCUGACUUUCCAAUUCAUUUUUAAUAGCUGUAUACUACAAAGCACCAUUAAGCAGUUCUCCAUAAUCUUCUGCAGAAUCGUACUCUAGUAGAAGCCAUUGACGACGAGAACAAAAUUCGAAAUGCAAUUUCUUCUGGUGUUGAUGUGAUUUAUUCUUGGGAAGACCUGAGGACGGGGGCUAAAGGAACCCUGAAGGAACUUUUACCUGGCCGUAGGUGCCGUCUGAUACUGGGGGAACAAGAUGUUUCUUGUUUUAGCUAUAAUGCGGUGCUUUUGGAUGCCCAGCAAGGGACUGAUGCAUUCCUAUAUCGUUGUGGUAUCUUUAUUGUGCCCAAGGUUAGUAUUCUCAUUGCACAGCAUCCUGCGACGCAUUAUUUUUUUGCAUUGGACAGAAACUAAGUGCACGAAUCAAAAUCAAAGCUUAAGAAAAAAUAAUAUUUGGAAACUCUCUCGCCUCAGGUGUUAUAGAUCGAUGAGGUUGGAAAAGUUAGAAAAGUGUGGUUGACUUGGAGAUUAGAUACAUGUUUCAGUUUGUGAUGUUAUCACUUCUCAGAAUCUGUGGCUGAAUCUCAUCCACCAAUGACACUGUCUCAUGGAACGUGGUGGAGGUUUCCCUCGAGUUUUAGGUUUGGAGCUCAAAGUCAUGAAAGUGAUGAAAACCUGAAAAUGUUGGGUAGCCUACCACUGCCCUUAAGACCACGCUUUUUAGAUCAAUAGCUAAUUGGUGCAUUUGACAGUUUGAAAGGGGGAAAUCCAAGGGACCACUGAAUAUUUAGCAUCCAAUUUUUUCCCCCUUUGGGUGGAGUGGGGAUGAAACUAGAUCUAGUAUGCUGCCUUAGUUGAUUAUUGUUAAUUGCUGGGUCGAUUAAUAAAUAGAGCCAGAAUGUGCUGAGACUCCUGUUGAGUGAAGAAUUCGUCAAUGAUGUUUUCUAGUUUUAGAUCUUCAUCAGUGGUCCAUCCUUAUGAUUUUUUUCAUGUCCCACUUAGCUUAUCCAAAAUCUGUUGUUUAAAUAUUCGAGAUUCUUUAAUUAUAUGUCACUCUAGAUGCAAUGAAGGCCUCCCUCUUCUGUAAUUAUUUUGCUGAAAAGUUAAUAUUCCACGAGACUAUUUUAUUUCUAGAAAUGUAAUUUAGUUUUUGAAUUCAGAAUAGGGCUCAUGAGUGGCUUUUCUCCUCUGAAGAAGGACAAUGGGCGGUUGUAGAGAGUUCAAAAGCAGCUCGUUUAGUUAUGGUAACUCCACCACAUGUGAUUGUAGUUUUGAUUCUCUUCUUGGCGUCUGUUUGAUUGAUUUCAUUGGCUUAGAUUGCUCAUAUAUUCUGUAAACAGGUUUUCCUUGAUUCUAGCCACAGCCAUGCCAGUAUUGAUGCCAUCAAGGUUUGCAAUCUCUUCGGUUUAUAAUUAUAAUGCUAAUCUUGGAUUCUGACGAAUCUUUUGUUUCUGACUUAUGCUUAUAAUUUUCUCUCAGAGAGAUUUGUCUCCCCUGGUCAAAGAUUUGGCGCCAGAAGAUACCACUGAUGAGACUCCGAUUCCGUAAGUUAUUGUUUUUGCCUAUUUUAUGAGUGUAAGCACAUUUACAUUGGGGAUGGGUAGCUGGAAACUUAAGUGAUUAUGCACCAGGAAAUUUUGAUUGCUCUGGCCUGGUGUUAUGGCCCACUCAUAUUUGGUUCCCUUUCCAGGUUCAUGAUGGCGAAUGAUGGUAUCAAGGAGCGGAGUAUUGUGAAGAAGGUUAAAUGAUUUCAUCACUGUUGCAUCUCACCUGGCAGUCUGCUUUCUGACGUAUUUCUGGAAUACCUAUUAUUUUGUUCUUUAAGUCUUGAGGCUGAAGUGCUUCUCUUAGUCUUGCUUUGAUUCCAAGACUCAACAAGGUCCCUACACCAUUGUGCUAUCCUCAACAUAAUACGCAUUGGGAGUGUCAUCUGCCGUUUUUGCAAACACAGUUGCCUGGUAGGAAAUUGGUAUUUUUGGUACGGUGCUAUAUUAAAUCUAGUGACUGGUGGGAAAACCCCAAGCCUCCUCUUCAUUAGUAAAAUCCUAUUUAAAAGGAAGGAAGAGGGGCUUCUGUAGUAAUCCUUUUAUUAGGAACCAAUAUAUUAACUUUAUUCGUGCUGAUAUGCUUUUUACGCAAGAUAAAUCUAGAGAGUACUGGAGAAAGUAAAAUUCUCUACUUUCUAUAUCUAAGGACAGAUGUGUUGAGAACAGGGUGUGACCAUCCCCACUGUUAUAAAGUACUUGUUCAUCAAUUUUUUGACAGAACAGUUUUUGCAGAGACAAAUCCCAUGAUCUUUUUUGGAACCCUUUUUUCUUCAGGCUUGUUACAAGUAAAGCGGAAAGGAGUAUUGGUUAGAGCUGACAUGUCUUCAGACUGUCGCUCCUAAGUAUGAUUUUUAGAGAUACCUUUGGAUUAUUGGUCAAUUUUGACGGUACCAUAGAAAUAUAAAUAUAGCACACAAUUUUACCACAUGUUCAGCUCGAGAUCCUCAUAAGCUGCUUGGUCCAGAAUUUAAUUUGAAACCGACUGCUUUAAUAUAUUUUGUAUCUUUGUUAGCAUUGCUUAUAUAUUUCUUUUAUUUCCAAUCUUUAUGAUUGUAAACUGUUUAUCCAAUCCAGAGUUUGCUCCCUCUGAUUAGGUCUACUCGGUUGAAAACUUUUAACAUUUAUAUGAUAUUUACCUAGUUCGCUGUGUUCUGACAUUUCUCGUUUCAUAGGUUACAUCGACUGCUACUGGUCCCAUUAUCAUUGAAGAUGUUGUGCUUGGAAAUACUGACAGUGAUUCCAGACAGCAAGAGUCGACUUUUCGCAGGCUUAUAUUUGAAAGAAGCUUGGGCUUGGUCCAAUCUGAAGCUUUACUUUCUCAAGAGCUGGUGAAAAAUGCUCAGGACAAAUCCGAGAAAAACAUAAACAGUGCAUCUUCCAGACAUAGGAAAAAGGGUAGCCAUAGAAGAGGUGAUUCACAUAGAUCAAUAAAGGGUAAUAUAGCUUGUGAUUUCUUCUUAGUCUUUUGCCUACGAUUUUAUUUCAGAAAUUGAAUGAUUCAGUAAUAUUACCAAGCGGUGGACUAUCUCUGCGAUAUUUAAAUAUCAAUGUCAUCCGUCUCAAUUGUUGUUUGUCGAGUGAAUAUAUGUACCCUUGCCAUUCCUUCUUUAAGACAUUGGCCAUUUUCUCCAUCAGCCACCUUGAAUAAGGGUAGUGACGUUUUGGGUUCUAUCCGUGAGUAUUUCUUUCUUUGUUUCAAAGAGCAUGGUUUACUUUUCCGCAUUGGCCAUCUCUUGGGACAGUCCGGUGUCGAAUAAGGUUUUUGAUUUGUCAUUACUUGAUAUCACAUCUCGUCAGUUCCUUUCUUCUCUGAUCCCAGAAAUUGCACAUGCAUUGAAAAAAAUUAUUCAUGAAAGAAAAAAAUGGAAAACUGAAUGGAUGAUAUUCCUAGUUCUGGCUUUCCCGAAAUAUUAAUGUUCUAGGAAUGAUUUCUAAACAGUGCUUUGAUGGUUUCCGCUUAAGAAUUAAAAAAUAGAUUGCUCCAGGUUGGUUUUGGUUCCGUUUCAUAUCUGGUUUGAAGCCAGGGACCUGCCAAUUUUUCAAUGCUCAUCUAUUUUCCGGUGAGCCAGGAGAUCCCCCAAAGAACAUCCCACUGGAUUGGGGGUCGUGGAGGAGCAGUAAUUUUUCUGUCUCAUGUUUUUCUUUUUCUUAUUGGGCUUUGGUUUGCCCUCACCUCAUAGCUACCAGAACCAGAUUGACUCUAUUGGUUCUAAAUCCAAUCUGGUUCUGCCAGCUCUGAGUGAACCUUGAUUUUUUGUUGCGUGCGCUGUUAAUCACCCAUGAUAGUAUUUCCUUCUUAUGUCUUGCCUGGUAGUCUCGAGAGCGCUUGUCUCUGCCACAAUCACAGCCCUCACUAUGUCUAGACAUAAAUAAUGACUGUCUAGAUGAUGUGUUUGGCCAAACAUGAAUGCAUGUUCACGUGAUGCGUUCAGUUUGCUUGAAAAAAAGAGUCAAAUGAGACUUUAACCGGCGCCCUAUUUCUUAUCAGGGAGACACAUUGUAGUUUUUACCUCAUUUGUCAAGUAUUUAGCAUUCCAUUUAUUAUUUUAAGUUAUUAUUUUUUGCAUAUAUUUUUUUGGGCGUGCCCAGGUGUUUUGAUUUGUCACCCUGAGAGUUAGAAGAAGGACAAUCAAACAUGGUUAAUCAAACAAGAGAUUACUUGGAUUUCUCAGUCAAUGACAGAGAUCUGUUCAGAUGUUACAGUGUGCCUUGAUGUGGAUUAAUUUCUUUUUAAGUAUCAUUCUUUUUUUUCUUUUUUUAUGAUAAGAAAUCUGCUUGCUUUUUUAUUUUUUUUGAUUCAGAAGGUCCCAUAAUUGUUCUUACUUUAUCUCUUUGCCCCUCCAAGGAUCCCGGAGCAAUUUAAAGGUCGAUCACGGCUACCUGGCUAGUUCUUACCACAGUGGUAUAAUUUCGGGAUUUAUUUUGGUUGCAUCUGCUCUGGAAGAUGCUGCUUCAUGUGGGAAACUGGUGAGCAGAAUAGCUGUCAAGUAAUCAAAUAUAUAACCUCAGAUUAUAAAUUUUUAUCUGUAAUUUUUUCUUCCAGAAAAAAAUGAAAUAAAAUUACUUCAAUUGCUUAUGAGUCACUGUAACCAUCUAUUUAUAGGUUAAAACGGCCAUAGUUGGCCUCGGAGCUGGCCUUCUUCCCAUGUAUCUCCAUGGGUGCAUGCCCUUCCUGGACAUGGAGGUAGUCUCCACCUCCUUUCUCAGCGUAAGCUGGCCUGCGCAAAUUUCCCUUUUUGGGGAUGAGCUCGAGCUUCUUGGGUGUGCCGCAGGUUGUGGAGCUGGAUCCUGUGGUUCUAGACGUGGCAAGAACUUAUUUUGACUUCACAGAGGAUGAUAAUCUGAAGGUGAUCACCUAGAUACCGAUCGGUUUUCAUCAUCCUGUUUUUCCUUAAACAUGGGCACUAAUGUGGAUUAACUAAGAUUUCAUAACCUUUAAUGGUCGAAAUGUUGAGGGAUUAUUGCAUGUUGAUCCAAGAUGAAUUACUGAAUGCAUCAUCCAUCAGCAUGCUCUCCAUGGUCAACGCAACCUGUGGAUUCUGAAUGCUUUGGGUAAUCACCCAGGUGCGCAUUACUGAUGGGAUUCAGUACAUCCAACGGUCGCCUCCUCCGGGAUCUUCCAGUGCCGCCGCUCGCAUCAAGAACCCUAAUUCGUCGGAAGAGGGUGAAAUGAGGAUACUCGUUAUCGAUGCGGAUGCAUCCGAUGUGAGGUGAGUCCCUUCUUCCCCCCCUUCGGACCUAAAACUCCGUCGCCGCAAUGGUCGUCCUUGUUUCUUGCGCAGCUCUGGUUUGACCUGCCCGCCUGCUGAGUUCUUGGAGGAGUCGCUCCUCUCCUCGGCGAGGGAGUUCGUCGGAGACAGGGGCCUCUUCAUCGUCAACCUGGUGUCAAGGUCAAAAGCAAUCCGGGAGAUGAUCAUUUCAAGAAUGAACUCGGUGAGAGCUGCAGAAAUUUCCGUAUUUAGAACAGGCCUGGUGAACGCUGGGUAUCUUGGAACGCAUAGAUCUCUCUCUCUCUCUCUCUCUCUCUCUCUCUCUCUCUCUCUCUCUAAAGAGAUGGGCACAUCUUUGGAUUUUAGGUCUUUGACCACCUGCAUUCGCUCGAGCUGGAAGAGGACGUCAACGAGGUCUUAUUCGCCACGCCGUCGCCCUCUGAGGAAAGUUCUCCGGAUGCUCUCGCCAGAUUCCAGGAGUUGCUGAAGCUCGACCGGCCGGAGAGAGCGGAGCCCAUCCUGGACUCAGUCAGGAAGAUCAGAUGCCUAAAAUAG